GGUAGGUAUAAUUCUGUGAGUAGGCAACAUAUCCUGCCAACGACACAAUUAUUUAGUAUUUAUUGUACCGAGGUUCGUAGACUGCCGCACCUCGUCCGACUCGGAAGGCGGCAAUCUGAGAUGACGGCUAAACUACCGCAGUUCAUUACGCGCCGCGGAGGAGCAACACCUGUGUUAUAAACACAUUGCGGCCUAGACUCUCCGCUUGAUGAUUAUCGAAUGCAGGUGGCUAAUUUAUUUAUUGUCGAGUUCGACAAUUAAAUGAACGAUGAACUAAAUACCCCAACUUCACGUGGCCAAGGAGAGGAUAUCCUACCUAAGGUAUGUAUCUUGUCAGUUCUGCAAAUAGCAGCAUAUCCACAUCAAUUGCAACUGCCAUACUCUUUUAAUAAGCCGGGAUAUAAGCCAAAAUGAGGCGGCUUAGGAAAAAUUCAGGAGCCCCUCCUUUUCCGGCUUUACCCUUUAUAAAAUGAUGCGACAUCACCGACGCCCGGCUCCCUACUUACAGGUAGGUAUGUUCAGACUAGGAAGCACCUCCCCAAUCCCUAGACAUCCAGUUAAGUCAUGAUCUACUCAACUCUACUGCUGGGCGCGGCGCUCGCCUCUUCCGCCUCGGCGGCAUGCACGCGCGAGCAGCUCAUCGCAGCAACGGACGCUUACAUCACAGCGCAAGCGGCAGGAGAUCCGGCGAUGCCCGCCCUCGCCGAGAACGUGACCUAUCUCGAGAACGAUGCGCCGAUGGACAUCACGACGGGGGUGCUGAGCCAAGCGAUCACGAUCGAUUUCAACCGCAGCCUGCACGACAGCGUCGAGUGCGCGACAUUCACGGAGAUCUCGGCCGCCACUAAUGCAGAGCCGUACGUAAUCGCCACGCGCAUGCUGUUCACCGAUGACAAGAUCACGACCAUCCAGUCCGUCGUUGCGAACAACGGCGACUGGGCUUUCAACGCCACCGGCCAGUUGUAUUGGACUAAGACAGAGAACUGGGAUCCCAUCCCCGAGGACCAACGCGAUAGUCGUGAUGUCAUUAAGGCUGCUGGUGAUGCAUACCUUGACAGCUGGGGAGACGGGACUGUGAAGGUGCCGUAUGGUUCGCCGUGCGCGCGCCUUGAGGGCGGUUCUUACACUGGGAGAGUGGGGUCGACGGCUAACACGUGCACGAUGCCACAAUUCCCUUCGGCGUUCAAGAUUGAGAACCGGAGGUACGUGAUCGACGAGGAGGUUGGCGGACUAGACAUCUUCAAUGACUUCCCGUUCAUCGACGCUGACAAGCCGGACGGGACCUCGAGCACCAAUUUCUUUAGGAUUGAGGGAGGCAUGAUCAGAUACAUUCAUGAGACAACUAUCUGUACGAACCCUAAUUGUGGUCGGUAAGAGGUAAAAAGGAGGGAGUCGUAUGGAGGACGAGAGGCACGGGAAGACUCAUCAUCCAGUGACUGCUGUCAUUUAGUUUCCCGUCAUAAUAGCUCGCUAAAUCGGGACUGUUUUUCCAAUAUAUGUGCUGUCCCGUGACUUAGUUUCGGUGAAUAGACAUCGGUUGACAGAGGAUAUCGUUCGAUGUAACAAGACUCCCGUUUAUCUCGGGGUUACUAAAUAGAAACGAAAUAGAAAUUGGUAAAACGCUUUGAUGUUGAUUAUUAUAUGUAUUACUUCGGCUUUCCUAUCAACCCGUAUGUAUGAUGGUAAGUGAAGCAUCAAACAGAGUGGUGGUGAGACUUGACAAAUAUGAUGAUG